AUGGAUGAGCUAUUUGUACCAGAACUAAACAGAAUAAGAUUCAGGACAGUAGUGCUGAGCCCUUCGAAGAAGGAAGAGCCGAAAAAGCGAAAUAAAAAGGUACCCAUCAGUCGGAACAAAGAGACUUAUGCUUGCUUCACUCAGUACCUCAGAAACUUCGCGAAGGAACAGUUCUUAAAGAACAUCAAAGCACGGAACAACCAAAUCAUGACACGAAAGAACCGGGUGAGUAAUUCUUUCAAGAAACUGAAGAAGCAUGCAAGCCAGAGAACCAUUCAGAAUAUAUCACUCAAGAAAUUGAAGAAGCAGAGAAAGUCGAUUCUCUAUAGCCACGAAAAGAGACCUAUCGGAGAGAUGGAGUGAUUCAACACGUACAAGAACUCCGGCAUCAACAAGUUCUUCAAGCCCAAAAUAGAUACGAGGAUUAAGUACGAGUUCAAGCCUAUCAAGCUGUCUAAAUAAAGCAAUGAGUCGUCCGAAAGAUUCCAGCGACCGGAUCUCUAAGUUCCAUGAGAAUGGGAAGAUCAACAAGAAGUUAGGUGCCUUGGUCCAGAGCCGCACCUUCCUAGAUGUCAUGAAAAGAGUUGAUGACAAGUUCAGGAACACCACUCGUUCGAAGUUCAAGGAAAAUAAAUCCGAUUGAUAUUACUGCAAAUAAUCCUGAUCUGUUCAGCUUUGGCCACAACCCAUGGAGCUUGAAGAGUAGGUUUAGCACAACAACUUCACUUGAGUCUUGCAUCUUCUGUGAAAAGGAGCCUCCUUUCCAGGAGGAUGCCACCAAAGCACGUAGAUGUAGGUCCCAAGAAGACAUCGUCUGAUUUGAUAUCGAAAAAGAAACCAGAAACUUUGACUACAACGAGAUUGCAGCGAAGGUGGGUCUUCCUAGAAAAAUACGCCAGAAGUACAAUCUACGUUAGCCAAAUUUAAUCAAAA